AUGCUGCGCCACGUGCUGUGCGUGUUGGCUAUCGCGCUGUGCUGCAGCACGUCCUUGUGCGUGGCAACAAGUAGUGCACCUCAGAGUCCAUUUAAAUUGCAACUUGAGAAUAACGACGCGACGAUAACGCUGACGCGGACGGUUGAUGCGACCAAAUGCUCAACAUCGUCCACCCCGGCUACUGGCGAAGCAAAGGAUGUUACCAUUUCCAGUAAGGUUACUUUGAAGAAGACGGCUGAAUCACAAGAGACGAAGGAAUUUACGAAUGCACCGACUGAAAAAGUCACUGUUCUCGUUGGGUCCAGCGUAACACUGACUACUUCACUCGUUUUUGAGUGUACGAAGAAAGGUGGAGAUGGUUCCGACAUCUCUGAGAAGAACUGCCUAGAGGACACAGCUACGACGACUACAAACUACAUCACCUAUGAUGUCAGUGUGGAGUCCACUACUACUGGUGAGGCCACUGUAAAUAUUCUGGAGACAGAAAAGCGUGAAGUGAAGGUCCGAGCUGGGUACGAUGUGAAGAUC